AUGUCCCAGCACCAACUCUCUGAAGCAUCUCAGCUUGCUGUUAAUCGUGUGGCAUCUUAUCAGCUACACAUGAGUGAUGCUUAUUUAUCCAUGGCCUGCUAUUACAAUGAAGACACAGGAGCACCUCUCUUUGCCUCAUUCUUUGAAGACCAAGCUGAGGUGAAGAGGGAACAUGGGAGGCAGUUCCUAAAAUAUCUAAGAAAACGCGGGUGUAAAAUCUGCCUUCCGGUGAUUAAGAGGCCUGAUAUAGAUAACUGGGCAACUGGCGUAAAGGCUCUAGAGUCUGCUCUGGAGAUGGAGAAAGAGUUAAGUAAGCUUUUGCAAGACCUGAAGAUCGCAUCUUAUGAGAAGAGUGAAAAGGAUCUCGUGCGCCUCCUGGGAAGGUACCUGGAGAAACAGAAGAGGAACACAAGCUACCUGGAACAUCAGAUUGCGUAUCACAAGAAUUUAGAAGAAAAGCAGGCCCAGGAGGAAGAGCAGUUUAAAAAGCCUGCUGAAGAAGCGUCAGGUUCUCUGUCUGGUAAGCUCAUGGUCAACUGA